AUUGAUCCAUUCCCUAUGUCAAUGUCGGUAAAAAGAGCGUGCUUUCCCAUACUCAUUCUUACUACUUGUUCACCUCCGGUGGAAGAAUAUUCCUUAAAUACUCGAUCUCAAAUUUAAAAAAUUAAAUAGUUAACUUAAAACUAUAUCAAACUAUGGAUCUCCAAGCCACAAAAAUAAAAUUGAAUGUUUCCAAACUUGUAGUUGGCGUUACUUCGAUCGUAUCCUUAUUCGAAUUUUUUGUACUGCCGGAAUCAAAUUCCAUCGACAUUACGCUAAUAUUUCAUCAUAUUCAAUUAUUUUUUACUCUAGCAUUAGCUCUGAAAGUAUUUAGUUUACCAUUUUUAACUGAAAUUUUCGAAAUUGAGAAGAAUGAAAAGAAUUUUAUAUCAUGGAUAAGUAGAUUAUUCGUAGUCCAAAAUGUAGUCGUUUUUUACAAAUUGGUUCAAAUCCUUUCCAGCUUAGAAAGUGAUGAAGCCACAUAUUUUGCAUAUUAUUAUUUAGCAUUUUUAGUAAGAUAUUUAUCCGUGGGAAUUUUAUUAUUGAAUGAACUAUACGGUGAUAGACUAGUUGAGGCUUAUCAUAAACUCGAGAUAACCAAAUCAAUCGCACACACGAGGAAAGUUGUAUCUCUGCUGAAGCCAUACUUUCUCCCGAAAAGUUAUGAAGCGAGAGUGUCUGCAGGAAUUUGUGUACUUUUAGUACUCAUCGAUCUUCCCUUGGACUUGUACCAGCAAGUUUUGAAUAAACGAGUUGUGGACUCCAUGACUUUCACUUCAUCCGUGACUAAUAACACGGACAAUGACGAAAGCCACACAGAUACCAAGAUCGAGCUGAAUUUUGCCAACUUUCGCUGGGAAUUACUCCUCUUUGCAGCCUUCUUAGACUUGACCUCACAUUACGGGAUCAGUCAUAAUGUUCGUACCUACUUGUGGAGAAAUGUUGAAUCUGACUCGGCAGGCAGAUUGCAGGUCGAGAUUUACACCAAACUUCAACAUCAAAGUGUUCGCUGGCACUUGGAAGAAGGGACGGGCGGCCGUCUCACCAAAUUGCAGUCGGCGUCCUCCGACUUUACCUACUUUUUGCGAAAAAUGUUACUCAAAGUGAUUCCCGAGUGGUUAUACUUAUUCGUCUCCAUAGCCCACCUCGCCAUUCGAUACCCGUGGAGGAUAACUUGCAUCGUCCUGCUCACCACGGGUUUCCUCGUGAUAGCCAAAUUUUUGCUGUCCCUGUGGAAAAGCAGUUUCGAAAAGAUAAACAAGAAGGAUUCGAAGGCAAAGAUGAAGAAAUCCGUGGACGCUCUGCUCAACUAUGAGACGGUGAAAUACUUUUGCAAGGAGCGUUACGAAGUGGACAGGUUCAAGGAAGCAUUUCAGGAGUCGAUUCUGAUCAAAUUUAAUUCUAAAUUUGCCUCGACGACGUCCUGGUUUUUGGAGAAUGUGGUCCGAACAGUGGGACAGACGGCGGCGAAAAUGUGGUGUUACUGGAUGGUCCUGGGAGACUCGGGGCUCACACUGGGUGACUAUGUCAUGCUAGAAGCGUUCUUUUGGAGUACUUAUGAACCAUUCGAGUCUAUGAGUUGGAUGUAUGAGUGGGGACAGAAAGUUAUAAUUAACGCGGCCGACGUUGCGGAUUUAUUGGAACUCACCCCAGAAAUUUGUGAUGAUCCAAAUGCUCCUAAUUUAGAGGUCGCUGAGGGAGAGGUUAGAUUUGAAAAUGUGUCGUUUAGCUACGUGCCAGAGAGGGAAGUCCUCUCCGAGAUAAGCUUCAGGGUGGAGGCUGGAAAAACUAUGGCAUUGGUUGGUCCAACCGGCUCGGGCAAAUCGACCGUUAUGAAAUUGAUAUUUCGACUUUACAACUCGUCAUCUGGACGGAUUUUAAUUGAUAAUCAGGAUGUAACCAAAGUUACACAAGCUUCUCUCCGGGGAGCAAUUGGAGUUGUUCCUCAAGAUUGUGUACUGUUCGAUGAUACCAUUACCAAUAACAUAAAGUAUGGCAAAUCUACUGAUGAAAUGAGUCAAAUAACACAAGAUGAUGUCCAACAUGCAGCAAAAUGUGCUUGCAUUCACGACGCAAUUUUAGAAUUUCCAGAUAAAUAUGACAGCAAGGUGGGAGAGAGAGGUUUAAAGCUUAGCGGAGGGGAGAAGCAGCGCAUUGCAAUUGCCCGAACUGUUCUGAAAAAUCCUCCAAUUCUUAUCCUCGACGAAGCUACUUCCGCCCUUGAUACAAAAACGGAACGAAAAAUUCAAUCCGUUAUCAAAAACAUUUGUAAAAAUAGGACCAGUUUGAUAGUUGCUCACAGACUGUCGACGAUAACACAUGCAGACGAAAUUAUCGUGCUCAAGGCAGGACGAAUAGUUGAGAGUGGAUCACAUGAAGCUCUCCUGGAGAAAGGUGGGGAGUACGCGUCCAUGUGGUUAGAACAGUUGGAGAAGAAAGAUCAUGAAACAGUGACUAGUUGAUAAGUGUUUGACUUUUCAUGAAAUAUACAUUAAUUUUUGGAGACUGCAAGACAUGAAAUACUUAUGUAUGUAGGAGUCGAAUUCAGAAAUAGGUUUUCAUGGACUUAAAGAAUUUUAAGACAUGAAUUUUAUUUCCCAUGAGCAAAAGCCAAGUCAUAAGUCAAAAACUUUAAUGUGAAGAAUUUAACCACUACAAGUGUGAAACGGCCUAUUUCUUAUUGUUUAUGUGCGUAAAAUUAUACGUCAUUGUCUUAUAUAGAAAAUAUACUUACUUAAAUAAAGAUCAGGGAAUAAAUUGUGUCAAUUUAUUUAUUGUGAUACAUGAA